CUUUUUCACCUGAACACCAACGACGGGAAAUGAUUGAGUCUAAAAACUUCAAUUUUAGUAUAAAUAGUUAAUCUUGGAUUACGAUUAAGUAUCAGUUCAAUCGUUGACAAUUCAGAGUUAACAAUCAACUAAACUUUUAUUAGAAAGUUUUUAGUAACUUUUUUCUUUGUGUUUUCCAAAUCUAAAUCAUUAAUUGGAUUAAAUUGUUCACCAUUUUUCAUUAAUUGUGCAACGUUAAUAGCGACAAAUCUUUAGCCCAAAAUGAAUAUGCGAUUGGUUUUCCUUUUAGCCAUUUUCUCAAUGGUUCUCAUAAGCUUUGGUAAUUGUCAAUCAGAAGCUGAUCCUAAUGAAUUAGAAGAUGCUGAAGAUAAUUUUGAGGAUGAGGAAGCUGAAGAAGGUGUCGAGACUCGAGCCAAGAGAGAGAUCGGCUCAGAUUUAGAAGAAGCUGAAACAGGUUAUGGCGGUAAAGGAGGUGCUGGUGUUGUCGCUCACAAGGGAGGUAAAAAAGGAGCCGCUGCUGCAGGUUUCAAAGCUGGAAAAGCUGGCAAAGCUGGAUUCAAAGCCGGAGCUGCUGGUAAAAAGGGUGCUGCCGCUUUCGGUGCUGCUGGAGCCGCUGGAGGCAAGAAAGGAGCCGCUGUUAAGAAAGGAUUUGCCGCUGGUGCAUUCGGUAAGAAAUUCGGAAAGAAAGGAGGAUUCGUGAAAGCUGGAGGUGCUGGAUACAACAAGAAAAUCGGAGUAAUCAAGAAGUUCGGAGUUAGCCAAGGAUUCAAAUUCGGAAAGGCCGCUGGUUUCGGUGCUGCUGGUGGAGCCAUGGGUGGUAAGGCUGCUAAGGGUGGUUUCGCUGGUGCCGCUGGUGCUGCAGGAUUCAAGAAGGGCGCUAAGGGAGGCAAGAAAGGAUUCGCUGCUGGUGCUGGAUUCAAAGCCGGAGGAAAGGCAGGAGCCGCUGGUUCAGCUGGAUUCAAGAAGGCCGCUGGUGCUGCAGGAGCCGCUGGUGUCAAGAAAGGUGUCGCCGGAGGCAAAGGUUUCUUGGGUUAAUCUAAUUAAUCCAUUAUCAAAAUCCAUCUCCAAUAGAUGAAUUAAUUGCUCCAAUUGGCUCAUAAAAUUCAUCAAACUGGUGGGAAACAAUUAACUUUUUCUACUACGAUAUAAAUUAGAUGCAAAUACAAUUAUAUAAUAGAUAACUAUCAAUACUUACAGCACCAACUGUGAUUAUAAUACUCCAUUAACUCUGUACAAUAUCAACAAUCAACAAUUAGCAUCAAUCAAUUAUCCUUGUAACUUAAUUGUAUCACAAUGGUUAAUGAUUGAUGAUGAAAAUACUCCCAAUCCUUAGUUUACUGUUCACCAAUCUUGUAGAUGUAAAUUGUUCACAAUUAACUUCCUCUCCGAAUUAUUAUCCAAUCUGUAUAAACAAAAUAUUAAUAGUUAACAAUUAGCCUUUA